AUGCCUAAAAGAAUAAAACCUAGUGGUGCUCACUACCGUAAGUUAGUUAAAGAGAAAAACCAGACGCCGGAUAAAACAAUAAAAACCAGUAAAUAUAAUGGCAUUAGCUUAUUAUACUAAUUAAUUAAUUAGUUAAAUGAUUAUUUGAUAUCAUAUUUUAAGAAAUAUUUGAAUUUUUAUAGACAGUUACCCACGCAGUUUAUCAGCCAAUGAAGAUUGUUCAUCAUCAAUUAUGCAGAUGCACAAUGAAAAUGAGAUAAUUCAAAAACGUGGGGUAGCAGUUCGGAAGAUGUUAAAUCAUUAGAGUAAGUUUUUUUUUUUUUUUUACUUUUUUUUAUUAAAAAUAAAAUAUAUAAUAUUAAAGGAUGAAAAUACUUUUAAUUAAAUUGUAUUAUGUUACUGUAUUUUUAAUAAUCUAGGUCCAUCAUUAAUGAGAUUCCAUCAAAUGAAAUGAAAUGAACAUAAUUCUAAAUGAUGCUGAUUAUUCUCAUGGUUUUAAAAUACCAGGCUAAAGUUCAAUAUUUUUAGUUUGAAUGAAAAUAUAUUCUAAAACAUUUUAAAUUAGUAAAACAGACAAUAGGCACCUAAUGUUUAUUAUUUCAGAAGCUUUGUAAGGUUGUUUGUUUUUACUUGCUUUUAGGACUGAUCCAGCUGACUGGAAUAUGAGUGAAUUUACUAUUGAUUAUGUAUGUAAAAAUGGCUACAGUCAAAAUUUGGAUUCAAAUUUUAGUCGAUCCAAACAACUUUAUCAGAGAGUUCGCAAAGGUUCGUUCAGAAAUGCCCAUAGGUAUUUAAAUACAAAUUAUUUUGAAACUGUUUUGAUCGGCGGUGAGAAAUUUAGAAAAAGUUAUUUUGUUUAGUCAGAAAGUUAGAGUGCAGUUUUUUACAUUCCUUGUUAUCUAUUUCAAAAAUUCUUCAGAAUUUUCAAGAAAUGGUUUCUCAGAUUGGAAAAGAUCAAAAUCAAACAACAAGCAUGAAAACUCUCUUUCACAUAAAGUAUGUGUAAUUAAAAUGAAAAAAUAGAUCUUUGGAAUUAAAUAGGGUUGAUAAAACACUUCAGUAUCAAACAGAAACAGAAAAAGCAUAUUGGAAAAAUGUCUUAACAAGACGUUUGUGCUGUCGUGAAAUCUUUAUCAUAUUGGGGCUUGCUAUUUAG